AGCUGUCUACGCGGCGACCGCAGCAGAAAACCAUAGAGGCCUAUAUCAACGCCCCGAUGGCCGACCCGCCCGCGCACACGCUAGAGCUGGUCUUGUUCGUCGUGUCGGCGGGCGACGAGGAAGGCCGGGAGUUUCGCGACACGUACUCCGCCUCGCACGCAGUCUACAGCCGCUACCAGGUGGCGGUGCACGGCGAUGCGCCGCACAAGGUCGACGCCAAGCAGCACCGGCGCUUCCUGGUGGACUCGCCGCUGCAGGAGGAGGCGGGGCGUGGAUCCUACCACCAGCAGUACUGGCUGGACGGACGACUCAUCGCGGUCGGAGUGCUGGACCUUCUCCCUCGCUACGUCUCCUCCGUCUACUUGUACUACGACCCGGACUACAGCUUCCUCUCUCUCGGCACCUACGCCGCGCUCAGAGAGGUGGCGCUGACACGGCAACUGAUGCGGGAGGACCCGCGCAUGCGUUACUAUGGCAUGGGCUUCUACAUACAAUCGUGUCCGAAGAUGCGCUACAAGGGCAACGUGCGACCGGCGCAGCUGCUGUGCCCACAGGCGUACACGUGGAACCCGCUCGCAGCCAGCGUACCGAAGCUAGACGCGAACAAGUACAGCCGGCUGGACGAUAGUGACUGCGAGGACGCUCACGGCCAGGUGGCGCUGGCGUCGGUCGGCGUUCUCUACAAGCGAACGGCCAUGCGCUACGCCACCUACGCCGUCUACAGCGGGGGCGCCACCGAUGCCUCGGAGGUGAGCGAGUACGCGCGAUUGGUCGGUCGGCCGUGCGCCGCCAGCAUGCUGCUGUACCGGUCCGACGCCGCCGCCACCAGGGGGAGCCACGACGAGGAGGAUGACGACAGCUCGGACGACUGAGCCGGACGGCGCCACCUGGGAGCCGCGUGCAGAAGCUGUGAUUUCGACCCGCAUUUGUUUUUUGUCAUUAACGGCAGCAGCGAUGGCGAUCUCAUAUAUAUAUAUACUCGUGCAUAUAAAUUAUAU